AUGAGCAAGCGUUUCCAGCCGCUCACCCCCGAGCCGCCGUCGCGCGAAAAGGACCUUGAGCGCCCUGAUGAUGCAGAGACCGGCUUGCUCCGACAGACGCCCGCAGACCCUCCGAGCCUCAUCGUCGCCGCCGUCUGGAUGACCGUAAACACCCUGGCGACGGUCGGCAUCGUCUUCACCAACAAGGCCAUCUUCCUCGACUCUUCUUGGAGGCUCUCGCAGCUCACCUUUGCCUCUUUUCACUUCUUCGUCACCUGGAUCACCCUCUUCGCUCUGUCGCGCCCGACCUUCGCCUACUUCACGCCCCGCCGAGCCUCCAUUCACAGUCUUCUCCCCCUCGCCGUCGCCAUGUGUCUCAAUGUCGUCCUCCCCAAUCUCUCUUUGGCCUUCUCUUCCGUCACCUUUUACCAGCUCGCGCGCAUCCUGCUCACCCCCACGGUUGCCCUCAUCAACUAUAUCCUCUACGGCGCAACCCUGCCGCCGCUUGCCAUCGCCACCCUUGUUCCCGCCUGUCUAGGCGUCGGCAUGGUCUCGUACUACGACUCCCUUCCAGCAGCCGACGCGAGCAUCAAGACCACGUCCCCGUUGGGCGUCAUCUUUGCCUUCGUUGGCAUCGUCGCCUCCUCCCUUUACACCGUGUGGAUCGCCAGCCACCACAGAACACUCCAGAUGAGCAGUAUGCAACUGCUCUACAACCAGGCCCCAAUCGCUUCCUUCAUACUUCUUUACAUAAUUCCCUUUCUCGACACCUUUCCCGACUGGAUGCACGUCUCAGCAAGCAGGUGGAUGAUGAUAGGCCUGUCCGGCCUCUUUGCCUCCCUCAUCAACAUCUCACAGUUCUUCAUCGUGGCCCAGACUGGCCCAGUAUCGAGCACCGUUGUCGGACACGUCAAGACCUGUAGCAUUGUGUGCAUCGGCUGGAUCAUGUCGGGUCGCGCCACGAGCGACAGAGCUCUCGUUGGAGUCUUUCUCGCCAUUGCCGCCAUUAUAACGUGA